AUGCUGUUCCGCCCUACGACGACUUUCGCUACGGCUACCCGCGGUGCUGCCCGCUCCUCCCUGAAGCAGGCCGUCCGCCCUUUCUCCCAGGCCCGUGCUUACUCGACUCCUACCUCGAGCAACAAGCAGUCGAACCUUCCUCUGUACCUGUCCCUUGGCGGUAUUGCCGGCAUUGGUGCCUGGUACGCCAUGGGUGGUCUCGACGGUAACCUGAAGGCCAAGAUCUCGGAGCUCAACGCCGACGAUGGUGGUGCCGCCCUCUCUUCGGAGGAGUUCCGUGAGCUGAAGCUCAAGGAGGUCCGCCCUUACAACCACGACAGUGCGCUCUACGUCUUUGAGCUGCCUGACAACAAGAAGUCGGGUGUGUUCACUGCCUCGUGCAUUGUUAUCCGCGGCGCCGGUGAUGAGCCCAAGGACGACAACGACAAGCCCAUCAUCCGCCCCUACACCCCCGUCAGCUCGCCCGAGACCCAGGGUGAGAUGGACCUGCUCAUCAAGCACUACCCCAACGGUAAGAUGACCCAGCACCUGAAGACCCUCAAGCCGGGUGACUCGAUCCGUGUCAAGGGCCCCAACCCUAAGUACAAGUACCAGGCAAACGAAUUCCAGGAGGUUGGUUUGAUUGCCGGUGGUUCGGGUGUCACCCCCAUGUGGCAGCUGAUCGAUGCUAUUAUUAGCAACCCCUCGGACAAGACUAAGGUCACCCUGCUUUUCGGUAACAAGCAGGAGGAGGACAUCCUGCUCCGCGAGAAGUUCGACCAGAUCAGCAAGGACCCUCGCUUCAAGAUCGUCAACUUCCUCGACUCGCCCCCUAAGGGCUGGAAGGAAGAGGAGGGCUAUAUCUCGGCUGACUCCGUGAAGAAGUACCUGCCCUCGCCUGACCUCGGUGACAAGACCAAGAUCUUUGUCUGUGGUCCCCCCGGCCAGAUCAAGGCGAUCAGCGGUCCUAAGAAGAGCUUCACUGACCAGGGCCCCCUUGUCGGUGCCCUUGCUGAUGCUGGCUUCAAGGCCGAGCAGGUGUACAAGUUCUAA